GAUAAUCCUUCGGCGGCAACAAUAGCAACACUAGCAAGCAACACCAACAACCACCACCCGACCGUCCGGGAAAGCCCUUCGACACCGGGUCCGCGGCAAGCCCCCCCCCCGACGCAGCAUGGCGAGCGCAGAGACCCAAGGGAAAGCGGGGGAUUCCCCGGGCCCUCUCGUCCAGGGCGGCAGGACCGAGCGGCUCCUCCUGGCCAUGGCCCCGGUGAAGGACGUCCUGUCGGCCUUUUGCGAAGAAUCCAAAGGCGGGGGCGGGUCCGCGGAAGACCGCCUGGGAAUCUUUGCGCAGGACGCCUUUGCGGCCCUGGUGGAGCCCCCCUGGGACGACCCCUUUGGGCCGUCGGACCGGUACCUGAAGCAGCUCGUCAACCGCUUUGUCCGGCUCGUCGAGGGGACGGAAAGGACGGACCUUUCCUCCGACGCGCUGGCGGGCCUCCUGGCCCGUGCCAGCCUGGUCCCGGCGGGGAGCGGGGCCCCCGACCCCCUCGCCUCGUGCUAUUUGUCGUUUUUCCUGGACCGCGAUGGCGGCCCCGGCGGUGAUGGCCCCGUGUUUUCGCUCCACCCCCUGCGGAUCCGCGUCUUUCCCGACCACAACGACGUGGCGCUGCGGCUCUGGGAGGCCGGGAGCGUCCUCGCCGAGUACCUGGCGGAGCACAGGGAAAUCGCCUCCGGGAGGGCCCUCCUCGAGCUGGGGAGCGGCUGCGGGGCGACGGGCCUCGUCGCCGCGGCGGCCUGCGGCCCAAAGAGCGUCCACCUCACCGACUACACCGAGGCCUGCCGGCUCAACCUGGAGCACAACCUCCUGGUCAACCGGGAGUGGGUCGAGCGCCACGGCUUUUCCCCGGGGAAGAUCACCCAGGUGGGUGCGUGGGUGUGGGUGUGAUGGCGCGCGCGCGUGUGUGUGUGUGAAUGUGAAUCUUCCACCAAACUCAACCCAUUGCUCCGUGUUGCUCUUCUUGUUUCUCCAGGGCUAUCUCGAAUGGAAAUCCUUUCUGGAGGAUUAUGCUGCGCACGCAGCAGCGAGUUCCGGUGGAGACGGCGACCAACCCGAUGCCGCGAACGGCCCGGCAGCAAAUGCAGAUGCAAAUGCAGAUGCAAAUGCAGAUGCAUCCCCGUCGGACGGUGCUACCAUGAAAGCCUUCUUGGAAGCCGACGUGUUGCUGGCCGCGGACGUCAUUUACGACAUCAACGCAAUCGACGACCUGGUCCACGUGGUCAAAUACUUUCUCUCCGAGUCGCCGGACUCCAAGCAGGCGAUCAUUGCGUCCACAAAGAGGAACUCGGCAACCUUCGAGUUCUUCCUGGAAACCAUUGCAAAGUACGGCAUGCUCUAUACGUGGAUCGCGAGGGGCGAGGACUGCGAGGCCCUGCCCAGGAUUUUCGAGGGGAACUUUGUACAGGAACGGCGCGACGUGAGCAUUUGCCGGAUCCACACCGCCAGCUUUCGGGAAAGCUAGCAGGCUAGCAACCCCCAAACGCCGAACGAGUGCGGCCUGGUUCCUUCGCACCAGCCGGCGCUGGUGGUUGCCCGAGCAGGUCUUGGGUGCAGCUCUGCAAGAGUACUCGUACUGUAGUGGGAUGUCCGCCUGCGACAAGCUCUGCCACUACCUGACACACGCGGUUCGAAGGCAAUCUAUUGCCAGUGGUAGCACUUGUAGCAGCAAGAUGCUACAAUUGGCAAUAACAAUAGAUAUUGACCGGUGGCUCCACAUGCUAUACUUAUACUUAGC